AUGGCCACACGCUGUGUUGCCUGCCCCAAGGAAGUGUCCUCUGCAGACGUCAAGCUGGCGACCGUAGCAGGAAAGAAGGGCAAGAAGGCUGAGGAGGAGGAGCAGCAGCAGCCGGAACAAGCAGCUCCUGCAGCUGCAGCGGCACCGGCAGCGCCGGCGGCACCGGCAGCACCGGCCCCCGAGGAGGAGGAAGAGGAGGAGUAUGUGGUGGAAAAAGUCCUGGAACGUCGAGUGGUGAAGGGAAAAGUAGAGUUUCUGCUAAAAUGGAAAGGCUUCUCAGAUGAGGACAACACCUGGGAACCUGAGGAGAACCUGGACUGUCCAGACCUCAUCGCAGAGUUCAUGCAGAAAUACAAAGAGAAGGAAGAGAAGAAGAAGGAGGGCAAGAGGAAAGCAGCCAGCGAGGCCUCGGGAGACUCUGAGGAGCGAGGAAGCAAGAAGAGGAAGGAGGAGGGUGAGAAGGCCAGAGGUUUUGGAAGAGGACUUCAGCCUGAACGGAUCAUUGGAGCCACAGAUUCCAGUGGAGAGCUGAUGUUCCUCAUGAAGUGGAAGAACUCGGAUGAGGCGGACCUCGUCCCGGCCAAGGAAGCCAACGUUAAAUGUCCCCAGGUGGUGAUCUCGUUCUAUGAGGAGCGUCUCACGUGGCAUUCCUACCCCACGGAAGACGAGGAAAAGAAAGAGGAGGACAAAAAGGACUAGAUGAUGAGCUAAAAGGAAGAAGUGUGGAGGUGCAGGGCAGGAAAUCAGUCAGCUGUUUGUGCAGCUGACGUAAGAAAGCUGUUUUCCUGCCCUGCAAGUCCUCAGAAGACGUUCCCGCAUGUACGUUGAUUAAAACCUUGUUCUGGUUCUGGUGCCUUUAGUUCAGACCGAGAGAAGUUUGUUUCCUCUUCCUGUCACGAUCCUCAUUCAGACGUGCCUGUUCUCUGAAGCUGACGGCGUCGUGAUGGCGGCCGGGGCAGGAAGACGUCUCAGACUUCAACGUCCUCCGGUGGGAACGUCUUUUGAGGGAACGUUGAGGUGUUUCCGGAGGACAGAAACCCUCCGUGUCUCUUUCAGUAUCCAUUUUAUGUGCCACCUGGUUUCUCACUGUAACUCUACAUUUCUGCACAUUUCACGCUGAUGUGGACGAGAAGAGGUCGCAGCAGAUGACAUCACCACCAGCUGCUGGCCUGACGUCCUUAUAUGGUCGCAGGAGGAAAUAUUCUGAUUGAUGGAGCCAGAUUUGAUGAAUCAGAUGAGCGUGUUUAAAGGUGUUUCUGGAGUUUCAGAAAAUCUGUUUCUCCACUUUUAUUAAGGAACGGGAAGAUCGUGGAUUUAAUCUGGAAAUGUUUCCAAAUCCCACCAGAGUCUCCUGCUGAACAAGUAUCUGGUCAGGCUGGUGAAGCAGCAGCAGGUGGUGGUGGUGGUGGUACCUCCAUGAUUAAAGCUGUAGAAUAAACUUCCACCUCCUGGUUUUAGUCUCUCCCUCUCGGCCUCGCGUGUCUUCUUGGCUGUAUUAUUUCUGCUUUCACCGCCGUGUUGACGCACUGAGCAUGUGCAGACGGGAUGGGGGCGAAGACUUGGUCUUCCUCCUUUUUUGCACAUGCUCAGUGUUAGCGUGACCCUGGCUGUGUUUGUUUAGACUGUAUUAAAGUUAGCAUUGUAGCUUCCUGUCAGCAGAUCUGGAUCAGCCCGGAUUAGUUCUGGUCUUUGUUUAGAUUAAACCAGUUUAUUCUGGUUCUCAUGAAAUCUGUCGAAUGUUUUUAAAUCUUUUAAUUUCACACUGAGACCU